UCAUGUGAUAUAUCAUGUGAUAUAUACAUAACGCGACGCAGGAAGGCGUCAAAAAAGGGCUAAAUUAAGGGUAAAUAAGUGUUUUGCUAGAGGACGAGGCGCGCGUGCACUCCCGAGUUUUGAGCAUGGCAGAUGAUUUGAAGAGGUACCUGUAUAAACAGCUGCCAACGGUUGAAGGCCUCCAUGCAAUUGUAGUAACAGACAGAGAUGGAGUUCCUGUAAUCAAAGUUGCCAACGACAAUGCUCCAGAGUAUGCUCUGCGACCAGGCUUUCUCUCAACGUUUGCACUGGCAACAGAUCAAGGCAGCAAGCUAGGUCUGUCCAAAAAUAAGAGCAUCAUCUGCUACUACAACACAUAUCAGAUUGUGCAAUUUAACCGAUUACCCUUAGUGAUCAGCUUCAUUGCAAGCAGCAGUGCAAAUACAGGUUUGAUCAUCAGUUUGGAGAAGGAGCUUGUUCCACUAAUUGAGGAACUGAGACAGGUGGUUGAGGUUGCCUAGAUGACAGACAGCUUUGAAACUACUCCAACAUGUACCAGGACCGUAUCAAGACACACAUACACACAAAUAUACAUAUGCACCUUGGACAUUACUUCAGUAGUACGUUGUUGGCUGUGAACUUCAGUUCCUCUUGAUGCUGUAAGUUUCUUUUUUGAAUGUAACCCUGUCUUGGUUGUAUUUUUGAUUUCAUCUAAUUAAUAAAUUUGUUUAUAACUUUGGUGUACAAAAUACCUUUAAAUGUUUUGUUUUUUUCCCCUUAAAGCACAUACACUUAAACACGUGCACAGCAAUUUUCUUUCCCUCAUUUUUUCAUGUUUUACAUGAUUUAGCAAAUCACAUCAAUGCUAAUGUUAAGCACAAUUUACUUUAUUACACAUGCUGAACACAAUAAAUGGCAAAUAAUGCAAUAAUAUUAA